AUGGCACUCCCUAGGAUUAAACGAACCCUUCCUGUAAGAGCAAGUGGGGAACAAUUUGAGAACCCUAAAUCUGAAUGGCAAUGUUCUAGAAGGGUCAUUGCCUCAAUCUUUGGUCAAUUGCACAGGCUAAGAGUCUUGGAUCUUGGCAACAACAACAUAGAAGAUAGAUUUCCCCAUUGGCUAGACGCUCUUGAAAAAUUGCAAGUACUUGUUCUUAGAGGCAAUAAAUUGCAAGGUUUUAUUCCCUGCAGAAGCCAUGCCUUCCAUAUGUUAAGAGUACUUGACCUGUCCAGCAACAAUUUGAAAGGUCCUUUACCUGUAUCAUUCUUCAAAUCUUUCAAAGCUAUGAGAAGAUUAGAUGGAAAAAUUGGCUUACAAUACUUGAAUUAUGCAAAUUAUAGCUAUGAUGGUGGGUUUUAUGAGGACUCCAUUGAGGUGACCUUUAAAGGAUAUGAAAUUCAUCGACAAAAGAUAUUGACUGUUUUCACAAGUAUUGAUUUAUCCAAUAAAAUGUUUGAGGGAGAGAUUCCUCAAACUAUUGAAGAGUUUCAUGCAUUGAAGGGGCUCAAUUUCUCACAUAAUGGGCUCACUGGUCUAAUUCCUGUCUCAAUAGGAAAUUUGAGGAAUUUGGAAUGGUUGGAUUUGUCAUCAAAUAACUUCACUGGAAGAAUUCCUAGAGUUGACUAA